AUGAAUUCCCUCGAAAACAGGCUGCGGCCUAAGCACCAGGUCCUCGUUCUCAAAUGCUACCCCCGCACCACGAAAGGCGCUGUCGACGUUAAGCCGAACUCGAGCGAGCUGAGCUACCUGCUAUUUUACGCCACCAGCCGACGCUCCAAGAUUCAAAAGAUUGGUGCCUUCCUCGAGAAGAAGACGGCCACUGACGUCUGGCGCAUGCGCAUCGGCAAUGUCCAAGUCACACUCGGCAUUCUAGCCGCCCUCGUCGAGAAAUCUCCCAAAGAAGCUGCCCUCAUCGCCCCAACCGUUCUCAAAAUCCUCGACCUCAUCCUCCGCUCCGACGACAUUACCAUGAUUGAAUCCUCCAUUCCCACCUUCGAGGCGUUCUGCGAAAACCACGACCCUAGCUCCCUUUUUGGCGACAAGGACUACCUCAGCCACUACGAGGCCGUCGUCCGCGCUUACGCCCAGCUUGCCUCCAAAAACUAUCACGCCGACAAGCCCGCCGUCACUCGUUCCGUCCAGAUCCGUUGGCGCAAUGCUGGCCUUAGCGCCAUCAAGUGCGUCUCCGCCGCCGACGCCCUCUCCUCCCUCUCCGGUCGCCAAAUCAACGUCAUUGUCCCCUCUAUUCUCGACAAUCUUUGGUCCGACCAUGAAAACUUUCUCGAUGUCGUGUACGAUCGCCAACAGACUGAAGAGAAGCACGACGCCGAAAAGACGACUCGUCGCAGGACGAGCGUCGUUACCGUUCGAACCAAUGAGGAGCCUGCCGACGCCAAUCCGCUCGCCAUCUCUGGCACUGGUGCCGACGUCGACAACAUGGCCGAGGAGGAGACGGGUGUCCUGGCCCUGCAGUGCCUCAAGAGCAUUUUUGUUGCCCCCAAUCGCUCCCAGAUUCACUCCGCCACCACUGCUCUAUUGCGCUUCGUUGCCCAGCGUGCCACCACGGGCGAUGUCAUCAUCACCCGCGACCCCGCCAACAAUACCGACUCGGGCCCUGCCAUCCAGCUUUUCAACAUAAUUUCCCGUUGGGCCCCUGUCCAGGACCGCUACAUCAUCCUACUCGUCGUCCUUGACACCAUGGUUCGCGCCCCUCUCAAGGAGGAAACUCUCGACCACCACAUUGUAUAUACCGCCAUCAUUGGCUCCAUGCUGCGCUCCGACCUCAACCUGAUUGGCCUCAGCGUCAUGGAUGUGCUGCACGGCCUCAUCCGCCAGAUGCGCAAGCUCUUUCAACUUCGCACCGGCAGCAAUCCAUCUGCCAGCGGCAGCGACGACCAGCUCGACAACCCCCCCGACAGUCGCAGCACCCUUCAUGCCGAUCUGCUCCAUCGCCUCGAGUCUUGCAUUGGCGAUUUGGCCCAUCAUGUAUACUACGCCGAUCAGGUCUGGGACAUGAUUACCGCCAUAUUGGUCCGCCUCAAGCCUACUCAAGCCAGCAGCACCGCUUCUCUGCCGCAGGAAAGGGCCAACCUGUUCGAGAAUGGCGACGUUGCCGGCACCACUGCCGAGCCUGCCUCUACCGAAACUGCCCAAAACCCUCAAAACGAGCAGUCACUGUCCUACGCUUCGGGCCGCGCAUCGGCUUUACGUGCCAUCAAGGCCAUUCUGGUCGUCGCCAACCCGCAAAAAAAGGUGACUGGUAACAUGAACCUCUCACGAAGCCGCGUCCCCAUCCAGGUUUGGGAGGAGACUCAGUGGCUGCUGCAGGACCCUCACGGCAGUGUCCGCAAGGCCUAUGUUGACGCUCUCCUCAUCUGGCUUGACCGGGAAACCGUCUCCCAGGACAGCAAUGCCGACGACGACUUUGUUAGCCCCUUGUCAACCUCGAGAAACCACGAUGUAUUCCCCUCGCGCCGCGCCGUGUCCAACAAUACACAUCGCGAAAAGCCGCUCAAGAAUCACCACAUCUCCCACUUUUUGCCCAUGCUACACCUCGCUAUCUACGAUUCUGCCCUGCAGCUUGUCGACUUUGACAGUGACAUGUGUCUGCUCCACGCCCUACUCUCCAAGCUAGUCGCCAAGCUCGGCAUCAACGCCGUGCGCUACGGCCUGCCCAUGAUUUUCCGUCUGCAGGAGGAGAUUCAGGAAGUAGACCUGCCUGUUCAAAAGGUACGUAUUGCCGCGCUCUGCCACGGCUACUUUUGGAGUAUCACCGAGAAGUUUCAACUCGACAACGCGAACGUUGGCCGUGCCAUUCGCAAUGAAAUUCGGCGCCGCCAACAAACGCGUUUCUGGGUCGAGGGUAUCACCGUGCCUCCCAGGCCGCUGUACGAGGUUGGCGUUCUAGGCCGUGCCGGACAAGACCCUGCUUGGGAUACCAAGGCCGUUGAGACGGGCGAGCUUCUGCCUUUUGAUGACAGAUUGUCGUUGGUGGAGAGCAUCGCCUCAGCGUACCAGGACAGCGUUCAGUCGCCGCCUGCCAGCCCUGUGGCCUCGCCUUCCAGCCGUCAGCAUGCGCCGCCCUUUGGGGCCAACAUGCAGUCCAUUAGCGAGACGGAGCGUGACUCUGAGCUGCCUACCAACUACCGCCAUCAGCUACUCGCCGAGUGGUCUCGCGACGGCACCAUUGCCGCUAUUGCUGCCCAGCGCAGGACCGAAUCCAUUACGGGCUCUAAGAAGACGGGCACCACCGCCACCCGCGCGAACCGUUUGACUGUCAACACAGCCGGUGGCGCCAAUGGCAACAACCACAACGGUGGCGGCCUUCCUGUCUCGCCCUACGGCAGCCUGCACAAUCUGCGACCGCACACAGCUCAGCCGCAGACCGGCGCGGACCGCUUCGGCUCGUACGUCAAGAUGCGCAAGUCGAGCAUCCAGAGCGCCAACGCCCCCUCGCCCUCGCCCGGCCAACAGAAGGAGAGAGGCGGCGCCAUCGCCUCGGUCGACCAGCUCAAGAUGAUGCUCUCUGGCAACAUUUCGCCGCGCGCCGCCGGCAUCCCUGGCACCGCCAACCCGGAAUCGGACGACAGCAGCGAUUCCAUGGUCAGCUACGACUACACCAUGUCCGAGCUCAGCUUUAACCCGGCGACCGGACAGGCAGACGGCGCUGGCGCCGGCAGCCCCGCAGGGCAGGACGUAUUUCGGCUCACCUCAUUGUCGUCGCGCGGCGGCCCGCCCUCUACGGCCCACACGGACCGCAGCGGUGGCGUCGGCCCUCACACCGCUGAUGACGAGGAUGACGUCCCGCCCGUGCCCCCGCUGCCCAACAUGGCGGCAUACGCGGGCAACAAGCAGCAGCCAGGCAGCAACCUGCUUGGCCACGAUGCAUCCCCUAGGACGGCCAAGCGCAGCGCCAGCGGCCGUGGCGAGUUUGGCGGUCGCCAGCGGACUAGCAGCGCGGCGAGGGGACCCGUCGAUUUGCAGGAUCUGCUAAGGGGUAUCGACAGCACGUCUGACGAGGGCACUUUGGGUAAUUUGACGCGGCCGCCGUAUUAA